UGACGACGGUAACGAUAACAUGGAGGCCAGCACCUCGACUGCCAAAAAUGAUUCUGCCAUCGGUUCUAUGUCACAGACAAAGCCUAAUGAUAAUUCGGCAGAGAACCUUGCUAAGCCAGAGUUCAUGAGCUUUUCUUCUUUGAUAGCAAAAGCUGAAGCAGAGGAAAAGUCAUCAAAUCCGACCGUCAAUUCAACUGGCGUUUUAUCAUUUGAGGAGAAUACGAUCGGACCUUUGGUGAAAAAUCAGACCGAAGAGCUCACAAUCCAAAUCGAUUCGAUAAAACCCGAGUCUACUGACAUGAAUGUUGGGUCAUCGUCCACGAGCUCAACGGCGGCUAUUCCCAUUCCACAAUCGUCACAAAGAGCACGCACGCCCAUUUUAUCGCCAGCAUCAUUAAUGGCUAAAAAUCUUAAUCCGCUUGCGUCAGUUUUUAUUCCUCGAUCGCAAAGUUACAAUAACUCAACCUCAACCUCUGCCCUCGUUCAGGGUGCCAUUGAUAAAUUGAACGAAGAGUCCACCGAGAUGGGAGGAACGAGAAGACCUUUUAAUAAUGAAGAUAACGAAGAUGAUAAUCAUGAGUUUGUUUAUCCUGGUGUAGAAGAUGAAAGUGAAAGUAAAUCCGAAGAUGGCGAGUUUGUGUACAUGCCCCACGAGGAAGAUGAAGGAGAGAACAUCGAAUUUACAUAUCCAUAUAAAGAUACGAAUGCUGACAAGGAUGAUGACGAGAGUAAAACGGAAUCUAGUUCCGACGUAAACAAGAAAGACAUUUUGACUAAAAAUGGUGAAAGUAAUUCGAGUCCAAAUAUUCUUGGUAGCAUGGAUAAUGUGAUUACCAAAGUUGGAAAAUCCACCGAUAACUCGAUUACAGUUAGAAUUAAUAAUGCCAUUAGCAAGGAUGCCUAA